AUGUCUUCCACAACGUCUGCCCGCCCUGAGGUGGUGCAAAAGCCGAGGCAGCGCACCCCGCCGCCUUCGCAGUUGUCCCCUCCCCUCACCCCCAAGCAGUCGCCCAGGAGCGAGCCCUCUAGUCUGCCCACCCGCGAUGUGUCUGGCAUCUCCCCGCCGACGACUCCCAUCGAUGAUCUCCCGGUGGACAUAGACAUCCCGGACAAUUACGUUGCGCACACGGUCGCAACUGUCAAGCCACUCCCGCCCAUUGGGUGGCACAACUGGUGGAAGGAGCUCAACUAUAUCUCCACCGCCAUCUUGACGGUCACCCCGGCGCUUGCUAUCUACGGCGCGUUUACAACGAAACUCUGCUGGCAGACAGCGGUGUUCUCUGUUUUCUGGUAUUACGUCACUGGUCUAGGCAUUACUGCCGGUUACCAUCGUCUCUGGGCCCAUCGCUCGUAUAUUGCUUCCCCCCCGCUUGAAUACGCACUUGCUCUUGCUGGUGCCGGUGCUGCUCAGGGUUCCAUUCGCUGGUGGUCCCGUGGCCACCGUGCUCACCAUCGGUAUACUGACACCGAACUCGACCCGUAUGAUGCGAACAAGGGCCUGAUCUGGUCACAUAUCGGGUGGAUGCUCGUCAAGCCUCGCAGGAAGCCUGGUGUUGCUGAUAUCUCUGAUCUUGGGAAGAACCCGGUCGUUCGCUGGCAACACCAGAACUAUCUCACCUUGUUCGUCCUUAUGGCGUUCAUUUUGCCGUGUGUCAUUCCUGGUUUGCUGUGGAACGACUUCAAAGGAGGGUUCCUCUUCGCGGGCGCCGCGCGGUUGACCUUCGUGCAUCACUCCACGUUCUGUGUCAACUCUCUGGCCCACUAUCUUGGUGACACGCCCUUCGACGACAAGCACACUCCGCGUGAUCACUUCAUCACCGCACUCUGCACUAUCGGUGAAGGGUACCACAAUUUCCAUCACCAGUUCCCCAUGGACUACCGCAAUGCCAUCAAGUGGUACCAGUACGACCCAACCAAGUGGUUCAUUGCCGUGUGCUCUUGGGUUGGCCUUGCUUCCCACCUGAAGACCUUCCCGGACGGUGAGAUCCGCAAGGGUCAGCUGACGAUGGAGCUGAAGAAGCUGGAGCGCAAGUCAAAUGCCAUCACCUGGCCAAAGAGCUCGAACGACCUUCCUGUCAUCUCCUGGGAGUCAUUCCAGGAGCAGUCGCUCACUCGCCCGCUCAUCCUCAUCUCCGGCUUCAUCCAUGACGUGUCGUCCUUCCUCGAUGAGCACCCCGGAGGUCGCCACCUGUUAGCGAAGAUGAUUGGCAAGGAUGCUUCUACAGCCUUCUUCGGAGGAGUUUACGAUCACUCGAACGCUGCGCACAACCUUCUCGCAAUGAUGCGCGUCGGUGUCUUGCAACACGGUCUUGAACUCGAGUCAGAGCGCGCUAUUCCUCCUUCUCAACGUCUUCAGAUCGUGCGUGCGGUCCAGAUCGCAGAGCUUGUCAAGGCUGCGGACCACGACGGUGACGAACACAUCACGUUUGCUGGGAACCUGUACACACAGGAAUGCGAGACGCAGCAGUGAGCGCUCUACGCAGGCUCGUUUAGCGCACACAUUUCACGGGGCGACGCGACGUCAUACGGCAUGCUAUGUUGUGGACUGCAUAGACUCUGGUACGGCACCAAUUGUUUGGACUCGAGCUUGUAGAUGCGUGCGAUUGCGUUCCCCUCCUUUUUAUGGUUUGCUGGUUUGGUGCAUGGGGGAGAAAAAGGG